GUGGGCAUCGCCCACCUCAGACCUGUGCGAUCCAAGGCUCGAGUGAGAGCGAUGGACAAAGCGAAGCAAUUAGCGCCCCAACCAGAUCAAAAUGUAUCCGCCGUCUUCCUAGCAUUGGCAGCUUCCUUGGAGUCUCAUUCAGCCGAGAUUCCAGAGCCAUCCUCUGCAGCGACUCCGAAGAGACCCACAAAUUUAAAGUCAUCACGAAUCUCAGAAAAGCCUACAGCUUCCAAACUAGCUGCCAUGGGGAUUAAAGUCAGAGAUUUUGCUUAUGAGAGCAAGUUACCCCCCGUCAAGCCCGUCUAUCGCCACCAGCGGCAGGUGCAACCAGGCUUGAAGCGCCAAAGAACAGAGGUUGACGAUGAAAACCCCUUUGUCGUGAAUAGUGAUACGACUUUGCAAGAAUCGAAUGCAAAGAAGUCGAAGCUUGAGCGCAAGUCGACAGAGCCGGUCGUUGCGCCUAUUGCACCACCAGGCCGGGAAAGAGGUUUCAGCAACAUUCAAGAGUAUGAACUCAAUAUUAUCUACUCGCAGCAAGCAUACGAUGACCCUCCGCGUUCUUCCCCGACGCCAUCCGCCAUUUGUGAAUCACAAGGCUCAGAUCAUUCGAUCGACACGCCGCUCGUUACUCCCAACGGCUCUCUUCAAUGGAGAGUUGCAACUGCUCCGUCUGAGCCUGCGGAGUCGCAAGCCAUAGCGCCCCUCUUGUCGCCAUGCUCACAGUUAGAUUUUUCGAAAAUGAUAGAGACGGCUCCUCGGGGAGAAGCAACAGCACCCGCAGUGACGGAUUCCCUGUCAUCGUUAUCCUCGUUAUCUUCAUUGUCAUCUGACCGAACUAGUUCUUCUGCUCCCGCCUCUCCUCCACGGCCAGCACCACCAGUUCUACGAUCAUCAAAUUCUCGGGUCGAGUUCCAAGCCCUUCUUGUCCCAACAGUGUCUCCUCGCUACCACCUGCGUACUCGCAGCGUAAUAAUACAGCCCCCCGCAAAGACGCCGACUCAUACGCGGGCCCGUCGCGGUCACAUGCCGCCGCACCCAACGCUUCGAACCACCGCGAUAUCCAUACAGUCAUCACAUGGGCGAUCGAAAAGUACCACUUCCACAAACGCCAUCACCUCUCGUAUCAUGCGCAAGCACACCGCCACAAAGGAACCACGAAUAUGAAAUACCCGUACCGCGGGAAGCCUCUACACAGUAGAGCACAGUAGUUGGCUAGAAGCCAUACAAGUUCUCUUUGUUGGAUACGCUGGGGCGUAUCCCGUGCCUGUUCACAUGGCGGCCAUCUGCCUUCUCUUUCUCUUGUAAUAAAGUUUCCUUCCACGAUCCUUAUUCACCUUUGCCUUCACUUGCAUAUAUACGUUUAGUUCCCUCUCGUGUACGAGUUCUCGUCAUCGGAUAACACCAUCACCUGGCUACAUUAGAUAUUGGCUCGAUAUCCCCUUCAUAUCCCGUGUACCUCCGUUUGUACUGUUUGAUAGGUGUACUUUUUAAUUAUGAUCCUUAUCAAGUAA